UUCUUUAUUUCAAAGCAGCUUUAGGGGAAGUGACCCAGAAACCGAUGUCAUGACUUGCAUUGACUUGUUGACUUGCAUCCACUUUAAUUCUUUUUACCUUCACAAGUUGAUUCUCUUCUCACGGAGAUCAUCUGCUUAUUGCUGCUAUAUUUCUUGAGUGUGCUUGCUUCUCAAAUUUAACAAAGACCUUCUAAAGAUAGAAGUAUCAAUUCACCGUCUCCCUGAACCAGAAAAUAGUUUGGGAGCAGAUCUGCUUGUUGCUGUUUUCUUCACAAAUUUUGAAAGAGAUCCUAGUUUCCCGCUCAGCUACCUCACUUGACCAGUUUGUUUCUUCUGCCUAAGAAGUUUGUGCUUAACAAAGAGCCAAGGAGGAUUGAGGAUCAUUUUAACUGACCUUUGGGUUUCAUCUUUCCAAAUGAUUUGAAGAACAAACCAGUGAGCUUGUAAUAUGGAUUGGGUAUUGUCAUUUGUUGAAGUGAUAAGGAGCUUUGGGGCUCCAUACAUAAAUCAUCAUCGGAAACUUGAAGAUUAUAUGAAUGAGCUUCGAGGAAAUGUAAAUAGUCUAAAUUCUCGAAAGCGAGACCUCGAAUUAAAAAUGGAAGCAGAGGAUCGUUGCGGGAAAAAGAUGAAGAAAGAAGUGGAGAACUGGGUUAAAGAUGUUGAAAAGGUAGGCAAUGAAGUGAAAAAUAUUGAAGAGAAGUUCCUUUCUGUUUCAUUCUGGUCACGUGGCCAUCUAGGAAGUCUUGUUUGCCAAAAUAUUGAAAAAGUAAACAAAAUUUACCAACAAGGUAGUUUCUCUGAUGGUGUGGCAGUUGAUGGGCCUCCACAAAUCGGGCUGCCAUUAUCAACAACAAAUCCAGAAGGUCAAAUCGAUGUAAGAACACGAAUUUGGGAGUAUUUGAUGGGUGAUGGUGUUCCAAUGAUCGGAGUGUGUGGAAUGGGUGGCAUAGGGAAAACUACUCUCAUGAAGCAUAUCAAUGAUCAAUUGUCAAAGGAAACAGAAAAGUUUGAUAUAGUGAUGUGGAUCACCGUAUCAAAAGAAUCGAAUAUUUUCAAAUUGCAAAAGGACAUUGCAGAAUUUUUGAAAUUACAAUCUCUUCCGGAUAAUGAAUUGCAACGAGCAGCAAGAUUAAAGAAUUAUUUGGAGGGAAGGAGAUAUGCAUUGAUCUUAGACGAUGUUUGGGAACAAUUUUCUCUAUUGGAUGUAGGAAUCCCUGAUCCAACAUUAAGUAUGGGGAGGAAAGUUGUACUCACUAGCAGAUUGGCCGAUGUUUGUAGAUGUAUGGAUUGUGUAGUGGUCGAAGUGCAACCGCUUUCAAAAAAUGGGUCCAUGAACUUGUUUUUAAAUGCAGUGGGGCUUAGUGUUGGACAAUAUCAAAAUUUAAAAGACAUUAUCGACAAAGUGGUUGAUCAAUGUCGCGGUUUACCACUUAGCAUUGUGACAAUAGCCGGGAGCAUGAAGGGGGUAGAUGAUAUUUGUGAGUGGAGGAAUGCACUAGCAGAAUUAGAGAACCGUGUGAAAAGUGUGAAAGAAUGGGACAUCAAAAUAUUCGAGCAAUUGAAGUUUAGUUACGAUCGAUUGAACGAUCCAAAUAUCAAAAAUUGUUUCUUACAUUGCUCGUUGUAUCCUGAAGACUUUGUGAUCGCAAGGCAUGGAUUAAUUGAAGACUGGAUAGAUGAAGGACUCCUUGGCUUAGGGACUAAAGAAGCAAUGCAUGACAGAGGCCAGAGUAUUUUAAAUAAGCUUGAAGAUUUUUUCUUGUUAGAGAGGGCUACGUCUCCUUCUUAUGGAAUACAUGAAGGAGUUAAGAUGCAUGAUGUUUUGAGGGACAUGGCGCUGUAUAUUGCAGGUCAUCAGUUCAUGGUAAAAGCAGGUAUGCAAUUGAAGGAAUUACCAAGUGAGCAAGAAUGGACAGUGAGUGUUGAGAAGGUUUCUUUGAUGCAAAAUUCAAAAUUAAUAAAAAUUCCUCCUCACAUAUCACCUAAAUGGCCUCAUUUAUCAACUUUGAUAUUGCAAAAUUGUGGCUUAAAAAGUAUUCCAGAAUCCUUUUUUAAGCACAUGGCUGGGUUAAAAGUUCUAGAUCUUUCAGAUAAUCAUUUCUUAGAGUAUCUGCCCAAUUCGAUCUCUAACCUGAACACUCUCAAUGCAUUGAUACUUGUUGGUUGUUGGCAGUUAAAAUAUAUGCCUUCGUUGGUAGAGCUCACAGCACUAAGAAAGUUGAACCUUUUGUGCACAGGAAUUAAAAAGGUUCCUCAUGGCAUAGAGAUGUUAGAAAACUUGAGAGAUCUACGUAUGCAGUCAACGGCUUUAAAAGGGGUACCAGUAGAAAUAUUACCGAGGAUUUGUCAUCUCCAAUGCUUAAUGAUAGGGAAGACGCUUGUAAAGGGAGAAGAAGUAGGACAACUGAGGAAGCUUGAGUGGGUUUCAUGUUCAUUUAGCAGCAUGCAAGAGUUUAAGAAAUACGCAGAGUGUACACAAGGUCAAUGGCCUACGUCUUUCACUUUUCAAGUGGGACCACUUGUGGACUGGGAUACUAAUCUUUUGUUUUCCCCAAAUUUCAAAAAAAUUGAGAAAGAGGUUAUGUUCACAGAUUCGGAGAUAGGGAAGUGUGAUGAUAGGGUGGUCCCACAUGAUCUUCGAAGUUUAACUAUAGCGAAGAUUGAUGAUUUCAAAUGUUUAAACAAUAUGCCUUUGUUUCGUAAGGCGACUGACUUGAAGAAAUGUCAAAUUAGAGAUUGUGGAAGGAUGAAGUGUGUGGUUGACUUGUCAUUAUCGUCUUGCGACAUACUCCACGACAUUGAGGUGUUAUACCUAUGUAGAUUGCGGAACUUGCGUGAAGUUGUGAGAGUAGGAGUAAGAGUAGCGGUUGAAAAUGAAUGUACCUCUCAUGCUCCAACACCACCUGCCAUCUUCUCUUCUCUUAGAACAUUGGAUCUGAGUUGUUGUUCGAAAAUUAAGAAGUUGUUUCCAGUUGAGCUGUUGCAGGGCCUCCAAAACUUAGAGGAAAUUAAGGUUUUCGAAUGUGAAGAAAUGGAGGAAAUAAUAGUAGCAUCAGAAGAAAAUCACAAAGGAGAAGGAACAACAUUUAUUCUUCCCAAAUUAAAAAAAUUACUCUUGAUUGAAUUACCAAAAUUGAAAAGCAUUUGCAGUGCUGGGCUUAUGAUUCCUGCAAAUUCUCUCCAAACUCUUACUAUAGUCAGAUGUCCAGAACUCAAGAGGAUCCCUUUGUCUCUUCCCCUUGUUGAAAAUGGGAAACCAUCUCCUCCUCCUUCCCUGCAAGAAAUCUUUGUAGGCCCGAGAGCACGGUGGGAAUCAGUGGAAUGGGAUCAGCCUGAUGCUAAGGAUGUCGUUUCUCCCUUUGUUCGAUAUUUGAUAUAAUGAGAUGGAGAAGAGGUGUUCGAUUAAAUGUGGCUGUAAGGCUCUUGCUUCUUAUUAAGAAGUGCAAACACACUGCUUGGAGAUUAUGGGAGGACGGAAGGCACCCCUGUUGAACUUGGUGAUCAAUUCUUAGGACAAUCCUGCACAUCCACACUGGUCUCAAAUGGUUGAUGAAUUUGAGAUCAUUUAAUGCAAGUAAGUCAUUGAAGUUAUGUUUGUCCAAUGAAGAGAAUGAUUAAAGGAAUAAGCUUCAUAUUGUUAAGAAAUACAAAUUAUCUGGAACCUCAGUGUUUAUAAUUUGUUUUCUGCUGCACUUUGUGUAUACUUCAUUCAUCAAAAGGCAGUCAACCACAUCAUCGUUUAAAAACUACGCAUGAUCUACCCACCUGGUAUUUCUGUUUUAUAUGUCAACCAUCAUAAGUGUCACAAAUAGAAAUCAUUGAACACAGGUCUGCACAUGAAAUGCAGAAAGCAAGCUUGGAUGCUUUUCUCAUUUGCUCCAAGAGACGACUUUGAUAGAUUUGGCCUUUGUGGUUCAAAAGGGAAUUGUUAUGGUACUCAGCUCCCACUUUCUAAAGGAUUCAAGCCUUAAUUCCCUGAAAGCUGAUGUUUAAGCCUGAAUUCCCUGAAAGAUAGAACUCAUCAGACUGGUCCCUAGGGUGUAAGCACAAUAAGCCAUUCAACUAUCAAAGCAGAGAUUGAAUUAUCAGAUUUAAAAGAUUUGAAUAUGCCAAAUGCUACACAUUUUAGGGUGACUAAAACUAUGAGUCUCAAGGGAUCCAGGGCUAAGUAUCUACAGAACUAUUCCUAUAUGGCAUACACUAGUUCAGAUAACAGAGGAAGAGGUAGUGGUUGGGCCUUUUGGUUUCAUCAUCUGAUUGAUUGCAGACAAUUUCAAUCAAAAGGGCAGGAUCUAUAUGUUGGAGUGUCUGCUUCAGAAUCAGGGAAACAGAACACAUUAAGGGCAAUGAUCAAGGAAAUCAAAAGCAGGAUGAAGACUUGGAGUAAGCUCGCUACCAUAUCUUGUGCUAUUGAUAGUUUUUCUAUGGACAAUAUGGUAGGGGAAAGUGGUUUUAGAACUGUUUAUAAGGGGAUACUAGCAAAUGGACAAGCGAUUGCCGUGAAGAGGCUUUCAAAGAGUUCUGGAGAAGGAUUGAACGGGUUCAAAAAUGAAGAAAAAUUGAUUACCAAACUUCAGCAUUGGAACCUUGUAAGGCUUCUUGGAUGCUGCAUUCAUGGAGAAGAAAGACUG